AUGGCGCGGCGGCAGCACGUAGCCGUGGCCGCGUGCCUCGCCGUGUUCCUGAGUGGGGCCCUUUACGUGGCCGGCGGCGGUGCCGCUGCAGCCGCGCGCGCCCGCCGCCUGCUGGGGCAGCCCGGCGCCGCGGGCGCGGAACUGACGCUCGCGGCGAAAGCGCCGGCAAACUCGGCCUCGCCGCGCAUCCCGAGGCGCGUCUUUCAGACGGCGCGGUCGGCGGCCGACGUAGACGCAGACCUCUCUCGAAGACUCGAAACCACCAGCCCCGGCUUCGAGCGCGUAUUUUUCGACGACGCCGCCGCGCAGGAAUACAUGGCGAGAGCAUACGCGGGAACGCGGAUACUCGACGCGUACGAGGCCGCGCCGCGCGUCGUGAUGCGCGCGGAUCUGUUUCGGCUGGCGGUCGUCGCGAGGGAGGGCGGCUUCUACUUCGACGUCGACGUGUACGUCAAGCGGUCGCUGGAGCCGCUCGUCGCGCACGCGGCCGUGCUUCCCAUGGAAUGGUGGCUCUCCGACGACGCGUUUAUGGAGCGGCAUCACAGAAAUGUUCUGGAUGCGGAGGAACACUGGCAAGUUGGCAACUACGCCUUCGGCGCGCGACCCAACCACCCGCUGCUGAUCGACGCGCUCGACGAGGCCGCGAAAAGGACGCUGGCGGCGGUCGGCGCGCCCGGCGAUGCCGACGUCCUUCGGACGACCGGACCAUACAUGCUCAGCGAACUCUACCACGCCGGGCGGCGCGCGGGAAAGUACGCCGACGUCGUGCUGCUCCGAGGCGACGCAGAGCCACGCGUGGGCCGUGCGACGAGGGGUGGCGCGGACUGGCACAAAUUCGGAAGCUUCGCCGAGCAUCUCCUCGCGCACACGUGGGUAACAGAGGCGAGCCGUCGGCUCGACGAGACGUACGAUGACGAGACGUACGACGACGAGACGUACGACGACGAGGCCUCGGGCGACCAGGGCUCGUACUCGUACGAGGCCUCGGGCGACCAGGGCUCGUACUCGUACGAGGCCUCGGGCGACCAGGGCUCGUACUCGUACGAGGCCUCGGGCGGCCAGGGCUCGUACUCGUACGAGACAAGCUCCGCGGGCGACCAGGGCUCGUACUCGUACAGCUCCUCCUACGGCGGCGUCCCGAACGACAGCGUCCUCUGCCCCGGGCUCCCGGCUGCGGCCUACUGCGACUGCGGCGGCGAUUGCACCGGCCAACCCGACUGGUGCGCGUGCCCGGAGGCCUUGGAGUGCUGCGGACAGUCACAAGCGCCCUACUCGUACUCGUACCGUCCCUGUCCCGACGAAGAGGAUGAUUUUACGGACUGCCUCUCGUCUACGCCCGGUUUCACGGCUGACGACGACUUCUUCACCGACGACGACUUCGACCACAGCGGCCACGACCACGGCCGGCGUCUGGACGACUUUUCGCCGGAGACAUGCGACGACGUCCAGCAGUGGCUUUCAAACGGACAGUGCGCCAACGGGCCCGCCGCAUGUCAGGCGGAAUAUCAGGCGUACGUCGAGUGCACUUACGAGGACUUGGCCCUGAGCGCACUCGGUCUCGCGUGCGAUUUCAACUGCUCGUCAACGGGAAUUUGGGACGGCUGCGACUGGGUGCAAAGCAACAGCAACACGGCCAGCGAGCAAUAUAUUGGGGACGCGGCCUCGCCGGACGAAUGCAUCGCCAUGGUCCUCGCGCAGUGCCCGGACGCGACGAUCGCCAACCUCGCAGUCGACGGAGAGGGGUCAUGCUGGUGCCAGUACGGAGAGGAUCCUCAACCCGACUCCUCGGGCUGGAUGUCCUGCGUGCUCCCGCUCGCAACGAUGCUGGUCUACGAGGACGAAAACUGUGCCGUCGAAAUCGGCGCCGAUGGCGUCGCGUGCGACUGGAGCGCAGGCUUGGGCAACGACGACCUUGGUCAGCAGCCAUAUUACUAUGGAACAGCAGACGACUACCACACCAACGACGGCGUGUACUACGGAGCAGCAGACGACUACUACACCAACGACGGCGUGGACUACGGAGCAGCAGACGACUACUACACCAACGACGGCGUGGACUACGGAGCAGCAGACGACUACCACACCAACGACGGCGUGUACUACGGAGCAGCAGACGACUACUACACCAACGACGGCGUGUACUACGGAGCAGCAGACGACUACCACACCAACGACGGCGUGUACUACGGAGCAGCAGACGACUACUACACCAACGACGGCGUGUACUACGGAGCAGCAGACGACUACUACACCAACGGCGUGUACUAUGGAGCAGCAGGCACUACUACACCAACGACGGCGUGGACUACGGAGCAGCAGACGACUACUACACCAACGACGGCGUGGACUACGGAGCAGCAGACGACUACUACACCAACGACGGCGUGUACUACGGAGCAGCAGACGACUACUACACCAACGACGGCGUGUACUACGGAGCAGCAGACGACUACUACACCAACGACGGCGUGGACUACGGAGCAGCAGACGACUACUACACCAACGACGGCGUGGACUACGGAGCAGCAGACGACUACUACACCAACGACGGCGUGUACUACGGAGCAGCAGACGACUACCACAACAGCAGACGGCUACUACAAGACGAUUACCACACCAACGACGGCGUGUACUACGGAGCAGCAGACGACUACUACACCAACGACGGCGUGUACUACGGAGCAGCAGACGACUACCACACCAACGACGGCGUGUACUACGGAGCAACAGACGACUACCACACCAACGACGGCGUGUACUACGGAGCAGCAGACGACUACUACACCAACGACGGCGUGUACUACGGAGCAGCAGACGACUACUACACCAACGACGGCGUGUACUACGGAGCAGCAGACGACUACUACACCAACGACGGCGGGUACACGUACUGGGGAACCGGCAAUGGCUGGUGUUCCUCCGACCUCGACGAAUUGAUUGGCAGCACGUCGGAUGCCAGCGCCUGCUGGACAAUGUGCGAGAAUACGUAUGCCGACCUCGUGGCCAUCGAUUGGACUCCUGACGGGGAGUGCUGGUGCCAGGACGACUGUCAGUGCAUGGAGGACACGGACAACGACGACAUCCACCUCAUCACGGGCAGCUCGAUCGCGACGCUUCCCAACGAGUGCGUGUCGGCGUGUCCCGCGGAAGAGGCGGCUUUCCAAGACUGCCUCAGCAAGCAACAAAGCCUCGACGACGACUUCUUUGCCGACGGCGACGACGGCGACGACGGCGACGACGACGACUUUUCGCCGAAUACCUGCGACGACGUCCAGCAACAUCUCUCGAACGGAGAGUGCGAGGGGCCCGCCGUCUGCCAAACGGAGUACCAGGCGUGGGUCGAGUGCCAUUAUGAGGACAUGGCCCAGAGCUUCCUAGGCCUCACGUGCGACUUAUCCUGCUCCGGCAACCUCGGCAGCGACUACUACACCAACGACGGCGUGCUGGUGUCAUGGACGCUCCAGCUCUACGGCCACCAGCCCACAGAAAAGUACCUGAACUUUUACCUCGACGGGGUGCGGGUUAAGAACAGACGCCUGAACGGGACAAUGGCAAUCAACACGCGCGCGGGCGACGGCAGCAUACGGCUGGGCGCGAGCAUACGCAGCGAGGUCACAUUGGACGGCGCCGUCGACGACAUCUACGUCUACGACCGGACGCUCAACCCCGACGAGAUCAAGAUUCUCUAUCAGGACGUAAGCUCGCCGCCGCCGACGUCCCUGCCGACGUCCCUGCCGACGUCCCUGCCGACGUCCCUGCCGACGUUCCUGCCGACGUCCCUGCCGACGUCCCUGCCGACGACGUCCCUGCCGCCGACGUCCCUGCCAACGUCCCUGCCGACGCCCCGGCCGACGUCCGUGCCGACGUCCGCGCCGACGUCCCUGCCGACGACCCUGCCGACAAUCUCGUUCGCGCCGACGAAGCCGAGCCUCACGCUGACGUCGGCGCUCGUCCUCGACGGGACGUCGAAAAGCAGCUGGAACGCCGCCUACGAAGAGACCUUCAAACAGAGCCUCGUCGACGUGAGCGCCCUCAUCGAGAGCACGGACGACUUCGUAGGCAACCUCACGGUCUCCGACGGCGCGCGGCGGUCGCGGACGCGGCGGCGACGCCUCCAGGACGCGUCCGUCAGCGUCUCGUUUGUGGUCCGGGUAGACGUGGACACCGGCGAAGACGGCGCCGUCGACAUCGACUCGUACGUGACUGCUUUCGAGGCCGAGCUCGUGAGCGCGACGACUGUCGACGAACAGACUGGCGUGUCGCCGUUGGACAUUGCGCUCCAAGCCACGGCCGAAGAGAAGGGCUACGAGGUGAAAAUCACGGCGGACCAAGAGGCGUCGCACUCUAUGAUCGCGACGGAGACCGGAGGCGUCGAAUCGUCGCGGCCGCCGACAGCGGCGCCGUCGCCAGCGCCGUCGACGGCGCAGCCGACGACGCCAAGGCCGACGCCCAAGCCGACGCCGGCGCCGAGCGUCACGCCUGGGAACCCGACGGCCGUGCCGGUCCCCGCGCCGACGCUGGCGCCGACGAUAGAGUCGUGCGAAAAGGUCCGAGAGCGCACGGGCCCGCCGCCGGACGUGGACUCGGCCCGGUUCUCGUCGACGGGCGCGAGCAUCCUCGUCGACCUCGACGCGGCGUCGGACCAGGCGGGCAUGCUCGCGGGCGAGUACUUUCCGUGCGCCGAGCUCCUCGACUUCGCCGACGUCGACACGGCAGAGUGCUUCUGGGUCAGCGCGACGCAGAUCUACGCCGAGGUCAACAAAGCGCUCGAUUUCGUACCGGGCGAGAACGUGACGCUCCGAGCCAACACGACGAUGCUCGCGUGCGACGACGACCGCUGCGAAUGUCGCGUGCGCAACACCGCGUCGAGCGUGCCGGCGGACCCCCCGGACCCGCUGCCCGACGUCGAACCGGUCUUCCAGGUGCCCGACUCGAUCGCCGUUUGCGAGGAAGGCGGCCUCGCAGUCGAAGCGUCGCAGUCGAUCGGCUCGGGCGGCCGCGAGUGGAAGCAACUCGUGUGGUCCGUGAACGCGACGGGUCCGCCGGAGUCGCGAGCCGCGGCGAAGGUAAACGGCACGUGGGAAAACGCGACCGAGGCCCUCGAGAGCAUGCAACAUAGAGCAGCGAAUGAUACCUCGUCCGAGUUCACCGCAGAGGCGACCGAGCUGCAAGCGCUCGCCAACGGCGGCUUCGACACGCUCGUCCUGUCCCUCGCGCUCGAGAACUUCCUGGGCAGCACGAAAACAGAGUCCGUGGAAAUGAAGCUCUCGACGAAGUCGAUCCCGUCGGUCCUCAUCGUCGGCGGCGCCAACCAAGUGGCGAAGGUCGGCAACGCGCUGACCGUCGAGGCGUCGGGGCUCGCGUCGGGCUGCGACGGGCGCAGCAAGGCGCAGCGCGCGGUCGACUACGCGUGGAACCUCUACCGCCUCGACGGCGUCGACGACCCGGAGGAGGAUUGGACGCAACUCGCCGAGGGCGCGAGCGCCGAUUUCGUGAACGUCGCGGCGAACAAGCGCUACUUCCAGCUCGACCCGUUUUCGCUCGACUCCGGUACGACGUACGUCGCGCGCGCGGAGGCCACCGACACCAAGUACGACCUCUCCAACACGGCGGACGUCUACCUCGCCGUCGGCGUCGGCAGCGUCGUCGCGGUGAUCGAGGGCGGCGACCGCGUCGUGUCCGUCCAGGACGAGCUGCAGCUCGACGCGUCCUCGUCGUUCGACGAGGACAUCAAUCCGGACUGCGGCGACGGCGCGGGCGACUGGCGGGCGAACUUUGGCCGGCGCAGACUCGCUCAUAACGAUGCGCACGGGACGCGCACCGCGGGCGACUGCGGCACGGGCGACGACGCGGGCCUGUCGUUCUCCUGGAUCUGCGAGGAACUCGAGGUACGCGACGACGGGGAGAAACAAGUAAACGGAAGCUGCGCCACCGACACCGAACCCUUCCCGACGGGCGUCUGGGCCUUGAAGUCGGAUAAGCAGCGGCUGAUUUUCUUGGGCACUUGGCUCGGCACGGGCAAUUACCGCUUCACGGUGACGGCCGCGUCGGCCGAUGCUAGGAACUCCACCACCUCCGUCGACAUCGAGCUCAUCAACGAGGAGCCGAGCAAGGUCGUCGUGUCAAACUUCGCCCGGAAGGUGAACGCGGCGGAGAAGCAGACGAUCCUGGGCCUCGUCACGCCGCCGGACGGCGUGACCAUCGACGACCUCACGACGACGUGGACGCUCGCCGAAGGCGACCUCGAGGCCGGCCAGACGCUCCGGGAAGUCGCCAAGACCCGGGUCGAGCUCCAGGGCGCCGACCUAGCCUCGGGCCAGCGGUAUCACGACCUCGUCCUGAGCCUCGGUGCGAUGGUGCCCGGCGGAACGUACAAGUUCCUCCUCACCGCGACGCUGACGUCGGAGACCGGCGACACGACCGAGGGCUACGCGAGCGUCUCCGUGUCGGCGUCGGCGCUGCCGUCGGCGGGCGUCGUCGCGGCGUCGCCGCGCAAGGGCUUGGAGCUCGAGACGCCGUUCGAGCUCGUCGCGAGCUACUGGGUCGGCGACGAGCUGCCGCUCAAGUACGGCUACGAGACGGAUGACUCGGUCCUCCGGACCCCGACGGCCAACCCGAAGCUCGCGGACGUGCGCCUCUCCGUGCCAGUGGCGACGAGCGGUCGCGGCGGUGGUCGCGGUGGGCGGCUCUUGCGGCGCGCGCGGCGGCGGCGGCUCAGCGACGAGGAGGAGGCCGCCCGUGGUAACGUCACCCUCCGCGUCGUGGUCGUCGACCAGGUCGGCGCCAAGGGCCAGGGCGAGACGUCGGUCGUGGUCAUGGAGAACGUCCUGGAGGCAGAGGCGCUCGCGAACCUGACGAACGAGCUUCUCGACAACGCGUUCGCUGCCGCGGACCUGUCGGCCGUGUGCUCGGCGGUAUCGGCGACGUCGAGCGCGGCCGUCGCGGCCGUUGGCGACCCGUCGCGCCGCCGCCUGCAGGGCGCGGACGACGAGCCGAGCCUGCUGGGCGGCAUCGUCGGCUCGCUCGCCAAGGCCGCGACGGAGCUCAUGAACGCGGAUCCCGACGCGAUCGAGCAGACGACGGUCGCCGUCGGGGGCCCCAUCGCGGACCCGCGCGCGCUCGACGACAACUCGGCCUUCGAGGCCCUGGACAUGGUCAACGGCCUCUCGGCGUCGGCGGGCGACGUGGGCCUCGGCAGCGGCGAGUCGUCGACGGCGGACGCGGCGGCGGGCGCGGUGUCGAGCAUGCUCGGGAGCGCGCUCUUCGACACGCCCGAGGACGCGGCGUCGACGGGCAACGGCACGCGGCGGCGCCUCACCGCGGCGCGCUGGGCGCGGCGGCGGCGCCGCCUCGCCGGCAACCAGACGUCCUUGUACUCGUACUCGUACGACGACGACGCCGCGGCGGCGGCGGCGGAGGUAGAUGCGGCAUCGACCGUGCUCCUCGGCGUCGCGGACAACCUGGCCAAGGCCCAGCUGGACACGAUCAUCGCAAACGAGGCGGCGGUCGGCGUCUCGAGCGACGUGUACUCGAGCGCGAACCAGGUCGUCUCCAUGUCUGACGGCUCGACGACGGCCGCGGAGCUCGGCCCGUCGCUCGGCCUAAACACGUCGGCGGCGCUCAACCUCUCGGCCGACGUCGACUUCACCACGGAACUGUCGCAGUUCUCGGCCAACCCGCACGGCGGCGACAAAAACGGCUCCGCGGCGUCGUCGGACACGAUACGCUUCGGCCUGGGCGACGCUGGCGCCGGCUCCGCGGACGCGACGGCGCGCCGGCGCCUCAGCGCGGCGCGCCGGCGCCUCCAAGAGGUCACUCCGGCUCCAACGCUCGCGCCGACGACGGCCGCGCCGACGGUCUCGCCGACGUUCUCGCCGCCGCCGAGCGCCGUGCCGACGCCCGCGCCGACGGUCGCGCCGACGGUCGCGCCGACGACGGCGCCGACGUCGGCGCCGUCGAUCUCGGCGGCGCCGACGGCCACGUUCGCGCCGACGCCGGCGCCGCUCAAGACGCCCGUGGAGCUCGUCAUCCCCGGGACGGCGGCCGCGAGCAACGCGACGCCCGCCGUCCUCAACGUGACGUGCCUCUGCGACGUCGAGGAGAACAAGACGGUGACGUGUCCCGACAACUCGACGCAGCACUUCUGGUGCAACGGCAUGCCCGGCGAGCACUCGCUGGUCUGCGGCUCGACGACGAGCGGCUGCGCGACGUGGGACACGACGCGCGGCAGGUACGUCAUGCCCGACUACUGCGAAAAGGUCGCCGGCGACGACGGCGAGACGACGUGCCUCUGCGACCUCGAGCUCGGCGCGGCGGCCGACUUCAGCACGGCCGACGGCGCGACGGAUGCGAUGGCCGCGUUCAAGAGCAUCAUGGGCGCGCCCAUCGACCUCUCGAAGGCGCUCAUGAUGAUCAUCAUCCUCCUCAGCAUCCUCGUCUUCCACACGGGGUGGAGCGUCGUCGGCGGCGCGCAGGACCGGUGCGACGAGAAGGCCGAGGCGGACGCGGCGCUCGUCGCGACGAGCGCGUUCGACGUCGACGCGGACCUGCCCGUCGGCCAGGGCGCCGCGGCGGCGCUCGCGCGGCGGACCGAGGCCAUCUUCACGAAGCAGUCGUGGGGCCACUGGUGGGACGUCAUGUGUGCCGAACACCCCAUCCUGAACAUCGUCUUCGUCCACGACGACACGCCGCGCUUCGUCCGGAUCUGGGCGUUCGCGUUCGAAGUCCUCUGCGGCCUCUGGGGCAUGGCGCUCGAGGUCAUGCUCAGCUACCCCGAGCCGGACCCGGAGUGCGCCUCGUAUACGGCGCAGUGGGAGGCCUGCGACUACUGCCCCGAGGCCAUCGUCGGCGGCGUCUGCUACCCCGAGAAGAUCGGCCAGCUCGGCACGGUCGUUCAAGACCAGGGCGACGGCACGUUCGCCGAGGUCGAGACGACGAUCUGCCCCAAGGCCUGGAAGGCGGCGCGCACCGCGUGCGAGGACGACGGCAUCAAGACCCGGACGAUCGUCGGGAACAAGCUCUGCCUCUGGAAUCGCUGCGCCGAGGAGUGCUGCGACUUCUACGCUGGCGGCUGUCCCGACGACCCGCCCGACGACAGCGCGUCGCCCGAACACUACAUGUGCCUCAUCCUCGUCAUGAUCGUCUUCAUCCCCAUCGUCAUGAUCUUCGAGUGGGCCAUGGACGCGUAUCUCACGCAGCCGCUGCCCGAGGCGCUCGAGCCCUACCUCGACGGCUUCUGCCGCGGCUGCGCGUGGAUCUGCGGCCAGUCGGCCGCCGACGACGCCGCCGACGCCGACGGCGCGGGAGGCGCGGGCGACGCGUCGAACGCGGCCGUCCAGGAGCGGCUAGGGGCCUGGUCGCAGGGAGCGGGCGAGGGCGGCGCGCCGCCGGCGCCGGACGCGGCGGCCGGCGGCCGGCGCCGGCGCCGCCGCGCGUCGGACCUCGAGCUUGCGCGGCGCAGCUUCGCGGAUCCCGGCGACGCCGUCGUCGGAGCACUCCCCGACGACUACGCCGCCGCCAUCCGAAUGCUCCGGGACUUGGACGAGGCCGCGGACGCCCGAGCCGAACCCUCGGGCGCGGCGCGCGGCGCGCGGCGGCCCGGCGCCGGUGUCGGCGCGCCCGCCGCGCCCGACGGCGGCGCGCCGCCGGCCGGCGACGACGACGCGAAUCGGCUCGCCAAGCUGGCGGCCGAGGACGCGGCGCGCGGCGACGACGCGGAGGCCGAGGAGGGCCCCGGCGGCGGCGAGGAGAUCGACGGCCCCGACGACCACGCCGGAGAGGUCGCGGACUGGUCGUCGCUCGCGAGCGGACCGCUCCAGGAGGAGGCGCCGCGCGCCGACGCGUCGACGGCGGCCGUCAACGAGCGCCUCCAGACGUGGCUCGGAGCGCAGACGACGCCAGAGCCGCGGCCGUCGCGGCCGGACGGCUGGUUCUCGGGCCUCCUCGGGACGGGCGGCGAGGAGCGGAGCGCCGCGGCCGCCGGCGGAGACGGCGCGCGCGUCGUCGAGGGCGGCCUCGACGUGAACGUCGCGGCCAAGAUGAUGGCCGAGGAGCCGCCGCCGCCGCCGGCCGAGGGCUGGGCGGCGCGCUCCGUGCGGCGCCUCGCGUCGUGGCGCGGCGGCGGCGGCGGCGACGACGACGACGGCGGCGACGACGACGUGGCCGUCGUCACCGGCGCCGAGGCCGGCGCGAGCGCGAUCGCCAAGAUCGCCGCGGAGCACGGCCUCGACGACGAGGGCGCCGCCGACGAGGAGCACGUACCCUGGUCGCAUAUUGCCAAGGAAAUGGCGCACGAGAACGUCGAGCUCCACGCGGCGCUCGACAUCCUCUCCGACGAGCACUCGCGCGCUCUCGCGGAGAGCGGUGACCAGUACCGCGGCGAAGUCGCGUCGCCCGCGAGCGGCGAGCGGCCCAGGCGGCGCGACCUCGCGACGGCGACGACCAAGGCGCUCGCCGGCGCGCCCGUGAAGGAGGCGGACAACGUCGUGCAGCGCGCGCUGGUCGCGCAGCGCGCGACCGCCGCCAAAGUCGCCUACGCGGGCGUCACGGCGCGCGAGGCGGUCAAGCGCCGGGUGCACGCGGCCCGCGCGUACGUGUCCGAGGAGGGGCGCGAGGCGCAUGCCGAACGGAAGGAGCGCCUCGUGGCGGUGAAGACCAUGGCGCCCAUCAUCUGCGACGCCGUCCUCCUGCGCCGCGCGGAGCUGCUCGCGUUCCGGAAGCGCAUCGCUCAGGGCCGAAGCCAACGGUCCCGGGGCCUUCGAUUUGUGGGGACCCCCGGCCCCCACCCCGCGCACACUCCCCGCCCUCCGUCCGAAACGUGGCCCCAACGACCGACCGAGCGGACCACGACGCAGGCAUCGCGGACCGCAAGGACAGGAAGGCGCGGCGCGCGCGGCACCUCGUGCAGAUGCUCGAGGUGCGGCUCCUCAGGGACUGGGGCUGGUCGCCGGACCACGUCGUCUUCCAGCGCAACGUCGAGAACAUCACGCGAAGGCAGAUCAAGAAGGCCGAGGAGUGGAGCGACGCCAUCGACGCGAUCACGGACGACGACGCGCGGACGGAGCUCGAGCGACGCGUCGCCAAGGCGACCGAAUACGAGCGCCUCUCGCACAUGGGCGAGCUGGAGCAGGUUCUCUACCACGUGUCCCUCGACGCCCACGGCGUCGCCGACGAGGAAGAAGAGGAGGAAGCAGCGGAGGAGGAGGUCUCCGUCGCGUGGUACCUCGUCGCGUGGUUCGCGCUCAUCUCCGUCCUCGUCUUCUUCGUGUGCGUGCCGCCGCUGGGGCUCCUCUACGUGGCGACGGAAAUGGGAAACGCGAAGACGCUGGUCUGGAUCUACCAGUGCUUCGUCGGGAUGAUGCUCUUCUACUGGGUCGUCCUCCCGAUCGAGAUCGCCUUCUUCCUCCUCUUCAUCCCCAAGCUCGUGCGGCACCACCUCACUCAGCACUCCAAGGACAAGUCGAGCUUCCCGUACCGGACGAAGCUGCCCACGACGCCGGUCUACUACCUCUGCCAGCGCCACCCAGAACUCACCGACACGCCCGUCGGCGCGACGGCGCUCGGCCAGACGGCGCUCGACGACGCGACCGACGACGAGAUCGUGGAUCAGAUCGUCAGCGUGCACCGCGACACGACGUGGACGCCGCCGCUGCACAUGUUUUUCCUCAUGACGUUCAUGGGCUUGUUCAUGAUGCUCCCGGGCGACUUCCAGGCGAUGGCCUUCGAGGAGCUCUUCACGGUCGCGUCGAUCGUCGUCCACUACAUCACCAACCACGUCCUCUUCGGCACGCUCGACCUCAUGGGCACGGGCGUCGGGGAGGACGACGUCGACGGCGGCAUGAUGGAGUUCCUCGAACUCCUCUGCAUCUGCGUGAUCCUCGGCCUCGCGUACCUGGGCCUAUCCUUGGCCGGGUGCUCUUGCAACGGCGUGCGCGCAGCGGUAGCGCGCUGCUGCAAGGGCUGCGAGAGGCUGUUCUUCGGCUACUAG